UCAACCAACUGUGUCCUCUCUGAAGGGGCUUUCUGUGUCCAGCCUGUGCAAAAAAAGAAGAUAAAUCCUGUUUGAUUGACAGUGCUGUCAUGACAACCCCGCAUCAGCUGAAGACUGUCCAAUCAGGAGUUAGACCCAAGGUCCCUCCCUGACUCCCAGGUGAGCUCAAGAGUCAGACCCCAUCACAUUUCUGUCAGUUUGUGUCAGGGGCGUCUCUUCUUCAAGCUGGCAUCACCUCGUCAUCCAGAUGGUGUUCAGAUCACCGCUCGACUUUUUCUCUGCUUCCCGUAUGCUUCUGCCCCACUUUACGGAUGGGACCCCUCUCCUGGCCCGCUCUAGAUCACCGGGAGACCCUCCCUCCGCGUGUCCUCCUCUAGCUCUCCCUGGAUUGUGUUUCUCCGCUGCUCAGAUCGCCAGCGUCUGUGAGACCCUGGAGGAGACCGGAGACAUCGAGCGGCUGGCCCGCUUCCUCUGGUCUCUCCCGGUGACUGCAGACGGCCGCGACUCCAUCUCUGAGCACGAGUCCGUGCAGCGUGCUCGCGCCGUGGUGGCCUACCACACGGGGAGUUUCCGCGAACUGUAUCACAUCUUGGAGACGCACCGCUUUACGCGCGCAUCGCACGGUAAACUUCAGGCGAUGUGGCUUGAAGCUCAUUACCGGGAGGCGGAGAAACUCCGGGGGCGGCCGCUCGGGCCGGUUGACAAGUACCGCGUGAGGAAGAAGUUCCCGUUACCGAGGACCAUUUGGGACGGAGAGCAGAAGACGCACUGUUUCAAGGAGCGCACGCGGGGGCUGCUAAGAGAGUGGUACCUGCAGGACCCGUAUCCCAAUCCCGGGAAGAAGCGCGAGUUGGCUCACGCGACCGGACUCACGCCAACUCAGGUCGGGAACUGGUUCAAAAACCGGAGGCAGAGAGACAGGGCGGCAGCAGCCAAAAACAGGUUGCAGCACCACCGGAUGUGUCCAAGCAGAGGAGAGUGCAGCCCAGAUGAAAGCGGGGAGCAAGUAGAUGGAGAAACUCUUCUUUCAGUAACAGACAGUGACUCUGACUUGGAUGUCUGAGACUUAAAAUCUAUGACAUGGACUUUCUGGGGCCUGUGUUGGUCUGUAAAGGAUUACUGGAGACAGGAGGAUUAUGCUUUGUCUCAAAAGGCUGACAGUGUGGGUUUGUAUGCACAAAAUACUUCUUAAAACAGCUUCCUCACAAAUAUCAUCCCAGCCAACCAAACAAAUGAUGUCAAGGUUGAAUGAAGAUUUAUUAUCACUCCUCCCCCCAUCCUGAAAAUAGAACAUUUUUUUUCUAUGCUUUUGAUUAAAUCAUGAAAAGCUGCAGAUUUAGACCACAUUUUUGCUUUUUCACUUUACAACUGGAUGUUGAAGCUUCACAUCUGAUGACCCAGCUUAGCCCAUCAUCAACCUCAUUAAGCAGACAUCAAGCCGAGGACCCCUGUUGGACUUUAACCUGUGGACCCCCACAUGGAAGGACCUUUACAAACUGAAACCUUUCAGCCUUUCAGUGACAUAAUCAUUCCUAUUUUCCUCUAAUUAUGUGUCAUUAGUUUUUUCUUUUUUUGGAUGGAAUUAGUAAUUUUCCGAAAAGAAAGGACCCCUGGAUGUCACUGCUGUAGACAAUCAAUACUACCAGCACUGAAGUCUACCUCCCUGUUACUCUGUCUGACUGUUUAUAUGUUUAUUAACUUUUUUAUUUCCCUCCUUUUAUUUCUACGUUAUUUAAAGUCCACAGAGUUCUCUGUAUAGUCUGUGAUUUUGUACUUUAUGUCCAA